ACCAAAGGAGUUUGAUCGCAGUAGGCUUUUAUUUGGUCCUUUAUUCAAGUUUCGCGGCAGUAUCCCGAACCCAAAUUCGAAUCUCUCUCUCCUCUCUCGCUGCUGAUUGCUGCACAUGAUAGGUGCAUAGAGGCCUUAAUCGAUAGUUUACAUGGCCCCACCAAGAAAAUCCAGAAGUGUGAAUAAGCGGUUUCCAAACGUUAAUGAGGAGUCUCCUGACAAGGAUAGAGGCAAUGCAAACAAAAGUAGGCAACGGAAGAGGACAUUAUCUGACAUGUUAGGGCCUCAAUGGAGUAGGGAAGAACUCAUCCGUUUCUAUGAGGCUUACCGCAAGUAUGGGAAAGACUGGAAGAAGGUGGCUGGUAUAGUACGUAAUAGAUCUGUUGAAAUGGUAGAGGCUCUUUACAAUAUGAAUAGGGCAUACUUAUCCCUUCCAGAGGGGACAGCAUCUGUAGUUGGAUUGAUAGCAAUGAUGACUGAUCACUACAAUGUUUUGGAAGGAAAUGAUAGUGAACGUGAAAGCAAUGAUGUGUCAGAAACAUCUCGAAAGCCUCAAAAGCGUGGUCGGGGAAAAGUUCGAGAUAAUGUUUCAAAGGGAUCAGAUAGAUAUCUUUCAGAUUUGUUGCAUUCCCAGUCUGCAUCAAGUUAUGGGUGCUUAUCAUUAUUGAAGAAGAGGCGCUCUGGUGGUAGUCGACCUUGGGCUGUUGGUAAGAGGACACCUCGCUUCCCUGUUUCACAUUCAUAUGAUAAAGAUGACAGGGAAAAGCAUGUCUCAUCAAAUAAACGAGGCAUGAAACCAGAGAUUGAUGCUAAUGACGAUGAAGUUGCCCAUGAGGUAGCAUUAGCAUUGGCAGAGGCUUCACAAAGAGGAGGUUCUCCUCAAGUUUCUCAAACACCAAAUAGAAGAGAGUCCAUGAGGCCUUCGCCUGUUCAGAAUGGUGAAAGGAUGCAUGCCGAGUCAGAGAUGGCUAGUGCAAGACUUACUGGUACUGGAAUGGAUGAAGAUGGUUUGGAAGAUAGUUUAGGAAGCAAGGAAGCAGAGAAUGGAGAUUUUUCUAGGGAUACAGGUAAUCAGAUAGAUGCAGAAGGUGCUGGUACAAUUGAAGUUCAAUGGCAACAGAAGAAAUUUCAUGGAAGGAAGCUGAAAGUUGAAGAAGUUGAGACCAAUCAUUUUGAUGAUAUUAGGGAAGCAUGUAGUGGUACUGAAGAAGGAAUUAGUUUGGGUACUGUCAAAGGGAGGGCUGAAACUGAAGUUACAGAUGCUAAGAUCCAGAGGUCCUCUCCUCAGCGUCCAAGAAAAAGAAGCAGACAACUUUUCUUUGGAGAUGAAAGCUCAGCCUUGGAUGCUCUGCAAACUUUGGCAGAUUUGUCUUUGAUGAUGCCAUCAUCUACAAUUGAAAAUGAACCACAUGUGAAAUUCAAGAAAGAAAAGAGAGCAUUGGAUGUUGAGAAAUCUAGUGCACCUGAAGCUAUGCCCCUGAAGGAGCAAAGAGACAAAUCCAAAAUGUCAGCAACUAAAGAGAAAGGACAUCAGUCAGUAGCUGCUGUUGGAGUCGUUGGUGCAAAAAGUGCUAAACUGGGAAGAGAUUCAGCUGUUGAUGAUAGUGUUGUUACAGAAACAAAGCAGCGUCCUUUCCAGUCUAGUCCUAAAAUGAGAAAUAGAAAAAGAAAGUCCUUGGCAACAAAAUUGCAGAGUCCAAAAUCAGAAGGUCACAGUGAUUCAUAUCCCAGUGAGCUUCAGAAGACUGAGGCCUUAAUGGAAGAAGGAAAGAAAUCUGUGACAAAAGGUAAACGGACUAAUCAAAGUACUCUUCUGCCAAAGCAUGGGAAAUUAGUCAAACCUUCAGAACGUUCUUCUUCAAGCACUGAUCAGCCAAGAGCAGAAACUGAGUCAGCUGUAUCAAUGAUACAAGUUCAACCUGCAGACCAAGUAAACUUACCAACCAAACUUAGGAGUAGGCGUAAGAUAAAUCUACCAAAAUCAUUUAUCUCAAAGGAGCUGAAAUCUUCUGAUAGUUCUGGAAAAGAUCGACCUAAUAUGUAUUCAUUGUCACUUCAUGACAAGACACUUGAUUUUAAGGAAAUGCUUUCUCAUUGUCUGUCAUCACCGAUGCUACGUAGGUGGUGUGUUUUUGAGUGGUUUUAUAGUGCAAUUGAUUACCCAUGGUUUGCUAAACGGGAGUUUGUAGAAUACUUGAAUCAUGUUGGGUUGGGUCAUAUUCCAAGGUUAACUCGUGUUGAAUGGGGUGUCAUAAGGAGUUCCCUUGGCAAGCCCCGAAGGUUAUCUGAACAAUUUCUAAAGGAAGAGAAGGAGAAACUAGAACAAUAUCGUGAAUCCGUUAGAACACAUUAUGCAGAACUUCGUGCCGGUACUAGAGAAGGUCUUCCUACAGACCUGGCACGACCUUUAUCAGUUGGGCAGCGUGUUAUUGCUUGUCACCCCAAGACACGUGAAAUCCAUGAUGGCAGUGUACUAACUGUUGAUCGUAACAGAUGCAGAGUUCAGUUUGACCGGCCUGAACUAGGGGUUGAAUUUGUCAUGGAUAUUGACUGCAUGCCUUCGAAUCCAAUGGAAAUUAUGCCUGAAUUUCUUCGAAAACAGACUGCUGAAGUUGAAAUUUUCAGUGAGAAUAUCAAUGAGCCUAAAAUGAUUCGAUCCAAAGAUCUGAAAAAUGGAUGUUGCAUGAAAUUUGCUCCAUGUGAGAAUAUGGAAAUCGUAGAUUGUUCUUCUCAGAUUUCAUCUGCGACUUAUCCCAUGAACACUCUGUUAAAGCAGGCAAAGGAGGACACAAUCAAUUCCAUUUCGCAGGCUAAAGCUGCUGCCAGUGAAAUGAUUAAUGCACAACAUGCUAGAUACACUCAGCCAUUUACUCUAGCACAAGUUCAAGCAAAGGAGGCUGAUAUACGGGCUCUUUCUGAGCUGACUCGUGCUCUUGAUAAAAAGGAAGCUCUGUUACUAGAGCUGAGGCACAUGAAUGAUGAAGUGUUGGAAAACCAGAAAGGUGGAGACAAUUCUCUUAAAGAUUCUGACCCUUUCAAGAAGCAAUAUGCCACGGUUAUCCUACAACUACAGGAAGCUAAUGACCAGGUUUCUUCUGCUCUUCUUUAUUUGAGGCAACGAAAUACUUACCAUGGAAAUUCUCCACUGCCAUGGAUGAAGCCCCAACCCAGUUCAGGUGGUCCUAUUGGACCAAGCUCCUUUGAUCACACUGAAUUUUUCCCUCAAGAAUCUGGAUCUCAUGUUGCUGAAAUUGUUGAAAAUUCCAGAUUGAAAGCACAGGCAAUGGUACAUACAGCUAUACAGGUUAUGUUCUCUUUGAAGGAAGGCAAAAAUGCUUUUGCAAGGAUUGGAGAAGCUUUAGAUUCGGCUAAUAAUCGGCAUUUUAAAGCUGAUUCUGUUGCAUCAGCUAUUAGAGAUCCAGCCAAUGGAGGUUUGACUUAUCAGGAUCAUCCAACGUCCUGUAUAUCAGAGCCAACAACUACAGUUCCUGCAUCUGAUCUGAAGUUGAACAUUUCUGACUCAAAUGAAUCUCAGAUCCCUUCAGAGCUUAUCUCAUCUUGUGUUGCCACAUUACUCAUGAUUCAGACAUGCACUGAGCGGCAGUAUCCCCCUGCUGAAGUUGCCCAGAUAAUAGAUUCUGCAGUUAAGAGCUUGCAGCCAUGUUGUUCUCAGAACCUUCCAAUUUAUGGAGAGAUACGUAAGUGCAUGGGAAUCGUAAGGAACCAGAUAUUGGCACUUGUACCAACAUAGACACGGAACCACUCACAAUACUGUCCACCAUGUAUAUUUGAGUCAUAUCAAAUGAAGUUGUAGUUUCGAUUCUUUUUAUUACUUGCAUUGCAGGGACUAAAAUGUGCAUCACUGCAUGUUAAUGAUUCCAACAAGGGUGGUUUCUGUUGUACAUAUGUUCAAUAAAAGAUCCAUGCCAUGUUUUGUAUUAGUUUAUUAUGAUAUUUUAGGAUGUUUUCACUGAUUCUAAUGUCCUACAAGAGUUCUUUUUAGGGCAAUUGUACUUGUGUGCCGCAUAUUUAGUACCAUGAGAAUUUGGUUUGGUGGGGGUUCUUGGCCAAUCUAAAGCUUGCAUUUCAGCUCUUUGCUGAACUGUUAACA